AAACUAACAAAAGGGGCAUAGUCUGCAAUUGAACUACAAGUUCCAUAACCUCUUCCUUAACGUACGCGAUCAUACGUUAUAUUCUAGUUUUCAACGCAGGGUGGUGCUGUAAUUCAAACUAUGUUAAGUAAAUUAGGCAGAGUAGAAUGUUUUGAUAAAUUGUUCCAAAAGCAACAUAAUUAUUAGAUAUGUUGUGACAGAUUUUUUACAAAAACAAUUAUAGUUAAGAUACAAAAAAUAAAGGUAUUUAUUUUUGUCCAAUGGGCUCCGGAACCUUUCUUCGUGGUGUUUGGGUAGUACAGAAGCUUCUUAAUGCGGAUCGGAAAAAUCAGUAGAAUUGGUGGAGUUAGGUCCUGUUUUUUACUAGGCUUUGCCCGUCCCUUCACCACAAACAACAACAUGGCCAAAAGCAAGUUUGAGUAUGUUCGCAACUUUGAAACGGAUGACACUUGUCUACGGAAUUGCUACAUUGUUGUCAGACUAGAUGGCCGUAACUUUCACAAGUUUGCAGAGCAGCACAAGUUUACAAAGCCCAAUGACAACAGGGCGUUAGGACUGAUGAGCCGCAGUGCUCGUUCUGUCAUGGAAGAACUGGAGGACAUCAUCAUCGCUUAUGGUCAAAGUGAUGAGUUUAGCUUUGUUUUCAAGAGAACUUCCACCUGGUUCAAAAGAAGAGCCAGUAAGCUCAUGACCCACGUGACCUCCCAGUUCUCUUCCUCAUAUGUGUUUUACUGGAAGGAGUUUUUUGGAGAGCAGCCCCUCCUGUAUCCCCCAGGCUUUGAUGGGCGUGUGAUCCUGUAUCCCAGCAACCGAAACCUUAGAGACUAUCUCAGCUGGAGGCAAGCAGACUGCCACAUAAACAACUUGUACAACACAGUAUUUUGGGCAUUAGUGCAAAAAGGAGGACUCACUACUGUACAGGCAGAUGAGCGCUUAAAGGGUACAUUAGCUGCAGAUAAAAAUGAGAUCCUAUUCUCAGAGUUUGACAUCAACUACAACAAUGAAUCUGCCUUCCACCGCAAAGGCACCAGCCUCAUUUGGGAAAAGCAAGAUGAAACUGUCACCAGAUGCUUGAUACAACCAAACCAAGAGAGAAAGGAAGUGCCUGUUACUCGGAGCAGGAGGAGGGUGGUGGCCUACCACAGCGACAUUAUAGGGGACCAGUUCUGGGAGGAACACCCUGACAUCCUGGAAGAUGACAACUGCUGAUGACAUCUUUUCUCUUGAAGUGGAACAGCUCUAAACCCUUUAUGAGCAGUGUGGUUGAAGUUGAUUCAGCCACACCUCCAUACUGAACUCAUGUAACCGUGAAUCUUAGUAGACCAAAACCUUUGAUGAUUGUCGUUGUAUGAUCACACCCUUACAGUUAGAAGACAUUUCAACCCUCAUUUAUUAAAUUUCUGUCAAGAUGUUGCCUUGAGAAUGGAA